AUGUUUGCCAAAAUAGCAAAUGCCAAAAGUGCAAAACAAACAUGGAACACGUUGAAACCGUCGUACAAUGGUAUAGAUAAAUUCCAGAAAGCAAAGUUGCAAUCCUUGCGAAGAGAUUAUGAAAGGUACGAGAUGUCUAGUUCAGAAACUGUUGAGAAAUAUUUUACUCGUGUUACAGAUCUUGUUAAGAUGAGAGUCUAUGGAAAAAAUAUGCUUGAUAGUAAAGUGGUGGAGAAAAUUCUUCGCACCAUGUCGAUGAAGUAUGACCAUGUGGUGACUACAAUACUAGAGUCCCACGAUAUGGAUACCAUGACAAUUGCAGAGUUGCAAGGAAUCAUGAAAUGCCACAUCAGAAGAAUAUUGAAGAAGUCAGGAAAAUCAACCGAAGAAGCUCUGAAGAGCCGGGUGAAUUUAAACAAUGUUACAGAAUCAAGCCGUAUAUAA